UUCGGCAAACGGAUCAAUAGGAAAAGCGCGCAUAUCCCCAGUCGCCCUCGCAGCUCAGACAGUUUCGGUUGUGAGUCUGCGUAUGUCUGUUUGGGCAUAUUGUCGCAACAAUUUUCUUGAUUAAACCGACAAAUUAUGUGGGUUUUACGUAUUACAGCAUAGAAUUUUGUUAUUAAAAUUCAACUUUCAUUAUCGUGAUUUGAAUGUGUAUUUGUAUAUAUAGUGCAUUUAUAGGUUACAUACACGAUGGGGACGAGAUUCGCAGCAUAUAGUCUAAAGUUGACUAGUUUACAUGAUUACUACCAACGAUUGCUCCAUGGUAGUCAACCGAUGCCUUCUGGUCUGGACAUUGCAAACACAUUGAAGUACUUUUCCCAAACUUUAUUAUCUUUAUUAAAAGAAGUACGUGAAGCGCCAUUCGAGAUGAUCAAGUCACAGAAAUUCGAUGGAGAACGAAUGGCGUUAUAUCCGAAUUUGGAUUACAAACAACUUUACAAUGCACUGACUCAAUUGAUCGAUGUAGUACCGUUAAUCCAUAUUGGCCUGCAAGCGUUUGGGAAAGCUUUAUUGCAGUGUUUAGCAUGCCUGUUGCCAUUCCUUGAUCAUGAUAUGAUCGACAAUAUACCAUAUCUAGCUGCCAGUACGAUAUCGGUGCUUUCCAUGGAGCUUCAUGAAGAGAUUGUUAAUUAUCUCUGUUUUUACAUUUUACCAUUCACCAUCACAAGAAAAAUCGAAAUUGGUGACGAAAAUGCUGCUAGUCAAUCAGUGGCCGCUGUAAUAAUGAUGGUGUUUCAAUAUUCCAGUAAUCCAGCGCAUCAUUGCCAAUUGCUGGAGUGCCUAAUGGCCUUGAAACCGGAGGUGGUAAAAGACAUACUCUGCGUCGUCGCUUACGGUACCGCACCGGCAAAAGCAUCAGCAGCAAAAUUGCUCUUCUAUUACUGGCCGUCAUUUAAUCCAAAUUUAUUCGAUCGCCGUGCUGUAUUGGUAAAAUUUGCCAAUGAUCUUACUCCCUUCGUGUGUCAACGGGAUAGCUGUCCAAAUGCUGGAAAUGCGGAAGCUGGUAAGGUUUGUUACGAUCAUCGCAUCUCUAUCACUUUCGCUACUGAAUCUCCCCCACCGCUUUAUCUUUGCAUCGAAUGUGCAAACGAGAUCCACCGGGAACAUCCGAAUCAGAUGUUCUAUGACAUUCUGCAUCCGAUGCAACAAGUAUCGAUGAUCUGUGAGAACAAAAAUUGCAGAGCGGCGGAUAAAUCAGCCAUCAGCAUUUGUUUCUCGACAGAAUGCGCGAGUUAUAACGGAAAUCACCCUAUACGUUAUUGUCAACAAUGUCACAAUAUCCGUCACAAUAAUCGUCGCGGCGGCGAUCAUAUUUAUCACACGGCACUCCCACAUAUCUCGCAGCUAGAUUCGCAAACACAAACCUAUAUGGUUCAAGCAAUUGUCAGUUUACUGAAGGAAGCCGAAUCGUUAAGUAUUGAUAAUAGGGAGAUGAUGGAGUUAAGUAGUAGUACUAGUAAUAAAGGCGGUACAGGAUUCUCAGGAGGUGGAAGUAGCGGAGGUAGUACUGGUGGCGGUGUAGGAAGCACGUUUGGCGGUCACUGCGAUCCCACGAGUCUGGAAGAACGACAGUUACUUGGCAGAUACGGCGUAUGGUUGCUCGUCGGACUUUGUACUCCAAAUGAGGAUACCCCGGUUGAAAUACUGGGCCGUUUAUUAUCAAUGUUAUUUCAUUGGUUUCAUGUCACUGCCUACUCUUUCGAUGGUACUAAAAAAAGUCUUAUGCACCUUAUCUUUUCUGUUGGCCAAGCGGAAAGCGCUCUCGAGAAAUUAAAAACAGAAUAUGUUUGUGGCUGGCUUUCGGAAGUUAUGAAAACGCAUUAUGAAGUAUUCAUUUCUUGUCUUCUACCGCAUCCAGCGGACUACGUCAGAGUUGGAGGACAUUGGGAAACUUUGGCUUCACGGACAUCACAUUUGAAAGACGGUCUGAAUCGUUUAUUUUGUUUGGUACCAUAUGAAGUAAUCACACCCGAUGUAUGGGAUUAUGUAAUGCCACAUUGGAUGGAAGCGAUAGUGAAUGACGUUCCCGAACACGAACUUCACGAGCUAAAAAUGAUACUAUGCAAGAUUCUGGAUCCGGACAUGAGUCCUUUGGGAUUUGACGCGAAGAAGAUGUAUAAUUUCAUCGCGAAACGAUUCGUUAAUACAAGCGCAAAAGUGCAAGAACAGGCCCUUAACUGGCUACAAACACUUACUAUGCUAGAAAUAAUGAUACCACUUAGCCAGCUAUUUUCAAUAUUCAGCGACGGAGUCAUUGUCAUGCAGUCAAUGAACUCCGUGGAAUCAGAGUUAAAGCCAAGCAAGUCCACGAAAGACGGCGAUAGCAACGUUACAUGUCCCGUCGUGGAAAACGAAUCUGGCAAGUCAACACCACUUUCCGAUGAUAUGGCACCAACGCCAAGGCAUAUGGAAUUCAUGACGAACGCGGAAUUAAAUUUAUCCUGCUGUAUUCUCAUGCUUGACAUAUUAUUGAAACAAAUGGAACUUCAGGGCGUAGAUAAGCAUACUGGAAUCAAUACAUGGGUUUGUCAGGAUGCUUGCCAUUUGAUGAAAUCCAUAGUUGCGUCCAACUGGAAUAGCUGUCAUACGUGCAACGUAUCAGAUACUGAAUGUACUUAUUGCGAGUCGAGAGUAAUUUGGCACCAGCUGUGUCUGCAAUUAAUUACUUAUAUAGUACCAGAAAAUCUAGCAUAUCCACCUGAUACAAUCGUGGACGAAACUGCAGACGAUCAUGGCCGUAAAGGUUCACCAGAAACGACAAAGAAGAGUGAUUCAAAACCGGACGUGGUUAUUAAUAUGCCGGUGCCAGAAAUGCAUUCUGUAGGCGGUGUCUUAGUCCAUAUGCCACACUUCUUCGAACAGAUCAUGACAGCCACAGUAGAGACAGUUUCGGAACAGCUGGACCUUGCAGCUAUUAUACCUACGGAGAAAGUCAUGUCGGCAGUCGCAAGAACAGUUACACUGUCUGAAACAGACGUCGCUACCGCAACGGUGAGCGUGGCAAAACCUCACUUAAUAGGUGAAGACGACGAACCUGUGAACCUAAGCCCGGAAACUGAAAUGGACGACUUCUGGCAUACCUCUGUAGGAAAGUUUCGCUUUACAAUAGAAGAAUUGCCGGAAUAUCUCCAAUAUAUACAUAAACUACUGAAGGAAAUAAUGACGAUUGACAAGCCUGACAUACUAUAUUACAUGCUACAAUGCUUAAAUAUGUUGUGUUUGUAUGGCGAUGCGUUUAAUGUUGCGGUAAAAGACCAUCAAGGAUUCUUUAUAUGGUGCCAGGAAAACUUACUGAUAAGGAAUUUGUGGGAACUUUUAAAUGCCGAACAUUCUCACAUAGCGCAAGUGACUGUCCCACUAUUAUUGCAUUGUGUGACGUUGCCUUGCGGCACUGACACUUUUUGGCGGCUUGUGCAAGAAGAAUUUCACAAUUCCGAUUGGCGCAUUAGAUUUGUUGCAGUCGAACGUGUCACGUUAAUUGCGAGGUUCAUGGACUCAACACCAUUGCGAAACAUGUCGAGUCUGCAAGCUGCAUUAGCAAAUGCAUUUUGUUAUUUAAUUACAAGCAUGGACGACAAUAACGUCUAUGUUGCACAACGUGCAACUUUAUAUCUCGGUACUAUUCACGAUACAGCAAUCAGAUCGUUAAUUUUAUGCCUGGAGACACAAUUUGAUUCCGUUAUCGUGGAUCGUCCUAUGGUACUGCAAUCGCUUUACCAGCUUCACAAUAGUCUUAGCGAUCGACGUAUUCUGACGUGGGAAUUCUUCUUAAAUCGAUUCGAUACACUCUUUCUCGAGGCCCAGAUCAAUUUGGAGAAGUCGGGAGAUAUCGCAUACUUGCGCGGUCAGUCACAUACAACAAGUUCCUCCAUUGUAGAUUUGAAGAAUACGGAUCUGAAUAGCGAAGUGUUCAUGAAGAAGUUGCAUCGCGCGCACGAAGCAUUAUCCCAAUCUGACGGUAGUGGGACAAGCUCUAUAAAAACUCUAAGCGCGAGUUUUGGCACAAAAUGGCCUUAUAAACGUACGAUGUCCGCACCAGCAUCGAUGAUACCUCGACAAGAUACCAAGCAAGAGAAGGAAAAAGUGUACAGCCGACAGUAUUCUGCACCCAUCCUGAAAAGGAAGAGCUCGAGAUUCGGAUUGGGUCAGUUGUUAGGGUCUACUCCGUCUAAUAACAGUAUUCCAGAUGGUCAUAUACAUUCACUGAAUAUGGUCGACGAGGCUAGUACGUUACCGGGAUAUACUCAUAAAAUCGUGGACCUUGAAGAAGCGGACAAAGAAACGAUGCACUUGUUAGUGUUCCUCUUGAUGCAAUUUCUCUCGAGACAAGAUCAGGCCUACCCAACGGACGAAAAACCAUUGUCGAAAACACUGGGUAUAGUCUUGCGACAUUUAUAUCUUCUUUUGGGAUACAAUCAAACUGAACGCACUUUCCAUACAACUCCGCAACGUCUAAGACUGUCGCCGGUUUUUAAUGUCUUCAUCGCCAAUUUGCCGCAACUUUUAGACCAAAAUCACGUGAUGGGUUUAUUAAUGACAUCGCCGGUUCUAGCAAUAUUACAACAUUGUCCUUGUCCACCACAAACUACCCCACCUACCGAUCACCAGCCACCGAGCUAUAGUCUUUGGUAUUUGGAGCCACACAUUAGAAGAUCUUGGUUGAUGUCUCUGCUUGUUAUUUUGUACAAGUGUCAGUAUGGGCAACAACCAUGGUGUAAUCAGCUUCAAGCAUUAGUGAAGAUAGUGUUGAAUACACUCGAGACGCAACAUCAUCAAUGCAAGAGGAUUCCGGCGACUGUGGUUAUGGGUGCGCAACCUUCCAGAUCUCGUGACGUAUCCCAACCAUCACUCGGAGUGGAACACGAUUUGACGACAAACGCUGUGGGAGAAAUCGACACGGAAACUCCGCCGAUGCGCUCGCUGUGGUGCCUGAUGCAUCAACGUAGCCCCGGUGGAAUGCAUGGACAAAUGGAGACCCAUUGGGAGGAAAAUAAUGGUCCAGCAUGCCGUUAUUUCAACAAACACUUUGUAACAAGCUAUUCGGUCAAUGCGGACGAUACGGAGUCUGAGCUGGCCGCAAUUCCUGAGAGCCCAAAAUCUGACAGCACCUUACAUGGCAGCAGUGGAGGAUCUCUCGGAGAGCUAGAUGAUAUGGUUCAAAGAAACGCAUUCCUUCAAGAACCACGCAUGUCGAUUAUAUCGGACGGAAAGGGCGCGAUUGUCGACCCGAAUAAUCGAAACAUUAGUAAACUGAGAACAGAAUCCGUGGCAAAGCCUAUAUGGUUCUUGGGAAAUGAGGAUGAAACUUCUCAGGGAAUUAAAAAAGUAGAACCUCAAAAAAAAUGGAGCGUCUACGAAGGGGUAAAAAUGAUGGUAACGAGCACAUUUCUAACUGGUCAGCAAGAACUUCCCAAGUUUCAUCCUAAAACAUCUACGCCACCGGUAAAAAAUGCCAAAAGACAACUACCAUACAAUGGAGAUACUGUUCCACCAAAACCAUAUGAUUUGUUAGGCGCUUUAGCUGUUGCUACGAGCAUUUCUCACAUCCAAAGAUCCGAAUCGACAAAGGAAGAGAAUAAGCAGAAGGACAGAGAGAAAGAGAGAGAAAAUGAAGAGAAAGAAAAGGGGACAGAGAGGGAUGUGGAAAAUCAGAAAGAAAAGACACUUGUCGCAAAAACCACUGUCGUUAAUACAGAAUCACCAAACGCAAAACAUUUAGGCAGGCAGAAACACGUGGAGCAGAUCACAAUCACAGCGACAUCGCCAGUUUCACCUUGUCAAGUGAUUACAAUGACGAACAGCGAUCAUUCGAGUUCGCCGGCGCUAAGUUCUAUAUCGUCGCAGGUCAUAAGUACAGAGAAUGGACAAUCGACUGGCGUACCUAUUCCACAACCCUUGAUGACUACUCCAACGGUCGAACGUUUAUUACCUAUUGGUACAAUAGUUCGCGCUACUGGCCCGCGAACAACGCAACGUGUAUUAAGAUGCGAAGACACAUACGGUUCUCCAGAAUCGCCGUUGUCAAAAAUGGAUAUCUUGACAGUCAACUCAUCAUUCGAGCAAGACAGCGAGACUUGCGUGUCCAGCGAUAUUACAAGUCCACGUAGCAUUUCUCAACUGGAAUUUCCGACACCGGAACGACUACUACCAGUCGGUCCUCAAAGAGAUUUCUCCAGCUUAGUUGAACGCGUAUGUCAAGCUUUGGAAAUCUCAGAUAUCGAAGAUACAAAUAAAUUAAAUGAAGAUGCAAAGCGUAACACGAUGAUGCUUGUAAAACAGAAUAACGGAACGUCCGAAAAUAUGUCAGCGUCGCUCGUACCGGCAUUCAAUGAAGCUAACUCGAGCAGAUCACCAAGUCCGAGAAGAUUGAUUAAACAGGUGGCAUUGGAAUCGUCCCCACCAAUGGUUGAUUCAGAAGAUUUUGUUUCCAAAAUAACGGAUUACGACCAGAAAGUUAAAUCGAAAGAACAGUUUCGUAUUCAACGUGAUAAAACACGAAAGAUGACUAGCACCGUCACAGAUCAAGACGCGAUCACUGACGCAAAGCGAACGGAGUCUUGGUCUGGACCACAGGUCCAACAAAACUUCGACUUCUUCUCUCAACAAGCAUGCCACGCAGACUUCAAUUUGAAGCAGAGUUUAUUCCGCAUCGGUGAUGAUUGUGUUUACGAUAGAUGCUCAGAAUGUGGAACGAUCAAAGAAGAGUAUUCCGACGAGGAACUUGGACUGUGUAUAAUAACUCUAGGGACGUUUAUCCAUCGAGAACCAUCUUUAGCAGCACCAUUAUUGCCAGAAAUACUCAGCGUAGUAACUAAGAUUGCGCUUAAUGCUAUGUAUCCUUGGCAAAGUGAAACGAAUAUGCAUCUACCAGGCGGUGCAGUCAGCGUAGCGCAUCAAUUUCUCAGAUGCGUCCUUCAUCAAUUAGCACCUAAUGGAGUAUUUAUGCAAAUGUUUCAGACACAUUUGAAUGAAACGACAAGGUUGCAAUUCUUCAAAAGUGUCGCCCAAGCUUUGGUUGAUUUUAACGAAUUAAAUCCCAUCGCACCUCUCCAACUAUUACUUGAGACUUUGAAUAUGAAGAAGUCAUUACCGCUAGAACGGCUGCCAACAAUAUUGUAUAACAUCGCAUGUUACUUGGAUUGUUUGCCUUUGGAAGCGGGAUUGGGUCCUGGAGUUGCUACGUGGAGCGGUCUAUUGACGCAAUUCGAUGGAUUAUUUCGAAGGCUGGUUCUUAUGCUCCCUUCUAUCGAAGAUAUCACCCCUCUCUUGAGAAUUAUGAUUUCUAUAUUGAAAGUUCCAGGAAUUCAACAAUCUAAGGGAAUGCUGGAUCCACUCUCCAAAGUGAUAAGUUAUUCUAUACAAAAUUCAACAUUGCAGUAUCAUUAUUUAACGGACCUAUGCUAUUUGUGUCAUAGAGGAUUUACACGUGAUCGUGAUAAGCACUUUUUUGGCAGAACGAUUGUGUUUGAAUUAGUUCAAGCUAUUAAAUUCAAGACUACAAUACCAGAUUCAAAUUUUCUAUUGCUUCUUCAAUUUGUACUCCAGGAUAUCGGAGGAUCUUUACCUAAUACUAUCACAAUGGAAAAUAAUAUUCAAACGGACAUGUCGCCAAUCUACAAUACAAACGCUUCUGAAUCUUUAAAAAGUCAAUUGUCGGAUGUCCUUGAUUUCUUAGCUGACUUUCACACAUUAAGCAAGAUCAAGAGUUAUAGUAAAGGUAUGCAAGCGGGACUCAACGAGGACACGUUAGGUGGAAUGUUAAAGUGCGGCCUCGCUCAAUAUGUAGCCUUAGAGAUUACAAGAGGCAAUAAUAGAGAGAACAAAGCAGUUGCACGUUAUUUACCAUGGUUGUAUACCGCACCAUCUACGAUACAAGGUGCUCGCGAAUAUGUUGAUUGUAUUGGUCACAUCAGACUUUUAUCUUGGCUUUUAUUGGGAUCGCUCACACACAUAGCGAUGUACACCGGUAACAAUAACAGUCAUUCUCACAGUUCAACGAUUCCGUUGGCGCAACCGAUACCUCAAGAAGUAUCCUGCCACAUCGCAGAUCACAUACAAAUCAUUUUCUCAGGAUUUCCGGAACAAUCAAAAACCUCAGUCCUUCACAUGUCGUCGCUUUUUCACGCAUUUAUUCUUUGCCAGCUUUGGACAAUGUACUUGGAGGAGAUGUCGAGGAACAACGCGUCAAACAGCGAAAGUCAUAAUGUCACCAUGAAUAUUUUAUUAGAGUUUUGGGGCAAAAUAACGCCGUGUAUUUUGCAACUCGUUUCUUAUUCGAAAGCCCUAUCUGAAAUGCUUAACUUGCAUUUCUUAAGCUUACUUGAAGCUCUAUUGGAAUGUGGAUCUAUUCUGCUAAGUAAAUUGUUGCCUCUGUGGAAUGCCAUUUUAUUUUCCCAUCACGUUCAGUUACCAGGGCACUUGCAAGUUCGUUUACAAAACUGUCGUGAUUUCCCACCAAGCAGAAUGGCAGAACAAUUUGUUUCUAAUCGAAGAGAAUCAAAUGCAAUACUCCUGAGAUGGUUACAUCGAUUACAAUUUAAAAUGGGUCAAAUAGAAAUGCAAUCUUCUACCGCUACACAGUUUUAUUCUAUUUAGAGAAUAAUAAAGACGAAAAAAAGGAUCAGCUGUAAAAGGAACAGCUUUGCGAAUUAGACAAAUUUGUAUUGGUCUUAACACUUUCACUGCGAGAGAGGUAGGUUCCAACCGUGCUUAACUACCAACCCUGUUUAAAACACGUUCAGUGCGGGAACGUAUAUAUACGUAUAUCUAUGCGGGCGCCAGUGACUGCAUCUCAAGCCAACUACUAUCCCCACUGUAAAAAUUUAAAACUGAAUAAGGGUCUGCGUAUAUAUACGUCCGCAGUCACUGGCGCCCGCAUAGAUAUACGUAUAUAUACGUUCCCGCACUGAACGUGUUAAAGACGGCAAUAAUAAAUGAGAAAUAUGGUGAUUUAUUUAAAAAGAAAUGGAGGAAGGAAGGAAGAAAAGAAGGGGAUAGAGAGAAAAAGAAAAUGAUUCAAACUGUGUAAUUAAUGUCAACAUUAUAGUUAAUAAUGUUAACAUUAUAAUUAAUGUAUCAGUUAAAUAUAUGCAAAUGAUGUAUGUCAUUUUUUCUCAUAUUGAUCAAUAUAUUAGUAGGAAGUUCUUAACUUUAAGUUUUGCAUCGAUGUAAGCAAUAUUUUAAAUCAAAAUAUUUUUUCGCUUUUUUGCGAUUUUGAAGCGUUGACAUUAAUGAUUAUAAAACCGCCACAUAAGUGACAUGUGACAUACCUCAAAAGUCAGUAUUGUUCAUGAUAGUCAUAACUAAUAAAGAAUAUGUUCGAUAUUUCAUCCACCUAGCAUCUCAAGAAAAACGCUGCUGAAGCCAAGCUGAAAUGAUUUAUGCCGCAUAUGGUAAUAAUGUUUAAGUCGCGCAAUAUAUAAAAAUUAGUAUAAAAAAUUUUGUGACGGAGAUUUUUAAAAAUUGAUAAUAUUAGGUAUUGAGAAUUUAUUCCGUUAAAAAAAUAUAAGUAGAAAUAUAUUGCAAAUCUAACGUAAUAAGCACGUUUACGUAGAGAAAUAAAACUUAUUGAAAAAUAA